AAAACUCAAUCCCUGUGCAGAAAACAAAAUGGCGGAUAAGACGCCUGAACCAACAGCUGACGAGCCUGCAACUGGGGAAGAAGUUCCUCCCUCUGAAGAGGUCGAAGACGAGCUCCCGCCGCCAGUCAUUGAUCUGACAAACUACCCACUGAAAACAGAUUUCUUUGAAAGCAUGCACAUGCUGGAACCAUCAGUAGAAAAAAUCAAUGGCGCUGCGAAUUUUAGGCAGAUAAAUGGGUUCCCCGUCUACGGCGUAGGACAACCAACUGAAGAAGGAAUUAAAGCCGUCAUUGAUAAAAUAGAUGCAGGUAAAGAUGAGAGUGAGAAUAAACUGCUCUGGUUUAAUAUGAGAUUGGAACCUAUAGUGUACGUGAACGGAACACCCUAUGCCCCACGAACAGAAGACAAUCUGCACAAUAAUAUAGAAAUCAAGGCAACAGAGGAAGAAAUAGAAAACGUGGAGAAACAUUUCGUUAAAAUCCUGGAGCAAAGACGACAAGAAAAUCCAGAGGGGGUUAUUAAAAUACAGAAGGAUCAGGCGUAUAUAGAGAAUCCAAUGGAGAGGGAGAACAAGGAAGACGAGAUUAAAGUGGAAACUAUUCAAGCUUUUGGAACGUUGAUCAAAGGUUUACAGGAGAAUGGAUAUUCUAAACUUGAGCCUGCAAGAAUACCGAUAGUUGAAGAGAGAUCACCCUGUGAAGAUUGUUUUGAUAAAAUAGUUUCAAUACUGAAGGAUGAGCCAGCAUCUACAAUAUGUUUAUUUUCAUGCCAAAUGGGAAGAGGCAGAACUACUAUUGGAAUGAUUGUUGCUUGUCUUAUCAAGGAAAUUCAGAUCACAUCGGAACUCAGGAAGAUGGGGGAGAUCGGAUUGAUCCCAGCUGAAACUGUUGAUGAUCUAAUUAGACAAAAGUUUGAGACUCCUCUCCCAAGAUCUCAAGAUGAUGACGAUCCAUUUAUCAAAGGAGAGUUUGAUGUGAUCAAAGAGCUUCUAGAAAAGCUUCCAGAAAGCAAGGAUGGAAAAACUAAGAUUGAUAGAGUUAUCGAUAUCUGUGGCGGGCCACCUAAAGGGAGUGGAUUGCAGAAUCUGCGAGAGUGUGUUAUUGAAACAAAAUGGAAAUAUGAUGUAGCACCUGAAGAAAAACAGGUUGUUUGGAAGUCCAUGAUUUUGAACUUUAUGGAGAGAUACUUUUACUUAAUAUGCUUUGGAACCUACGCUCUGCAGUAUGGCUCUGAUGGAUUCAAGAAAACAUUUAAAGAAUGGAUGAACGAGCAUCAGGAGCUCAGAGGUAUGAUAUCUGAAGGGAAGGAUAGACUAGAAUGGUAUAGGCAGGUUGACCCUGCUAAACUAAACACUCUCAAGGAACUAAUUGCUGCUCCAGAUUACAAGGAUAAGCUUGGCACCUUAAUCCGAACAAUUUAUGAUUUUGCGUUUCUAACCUACGCUGAUCUCCCCCGGGGUCCGAUAAAGAACAAUUCAAUGAGGAAGUUGGCAGCUAAAACUCUCAUGGAAAUCCUACCACCGGAUAUAGCUGAAAGGGUGAACAGAAAGCUAGAUGAAGAUCCAAACACAUCUCAUGAUUUUGUUACUCUUGUUGGUUUAGUUUCAUACUAUGGAGAUCAACCAUAGAAACUAUAUUUCAUGAUUUUGUUACUCUUGGUUUAGUUUAAUACUAUGAAGAUAAACUACAGAAACUAAGAGUCAUGAUCUUAUUAUUCUGGUGGGGUUAGCCUCAAAAUAUGAAGAUCAAUUGAUCACGAUUUUGGUUAAAAGUAAAUAACCAUGGAUUUUAUGAAGCUGUUAUAAAUCAUGAAAGUGAACUUAAGAUAAUUAAUUCUUUUUUGCAACGAAAGAAUCUUUUGGAAGUUUUACAUUGAAGUUCGAACAAAAAUGUUAAAAUAUAACUUAGAAAUCUAAUUUAGACUUUUUAAUUUCUCUUUCAAUUUUUGAAACUGCCAUUUCUAAUAUUAGAGUACAUAUUUGUACAUCGUCGAUGUAUUUAGUUUGAAUAAAUAUUUAGAGUUUUUCUCGACUCGUAACAAGA